CCUGCUUUUUUCUCUCUCAAAUGUCUUAUUCUUUACAAAGUUUAAUUGAAAGAGCAUGCAGCCCAUCUCGAUUCGAUCCAAACUUGGCUCUUAAUCUUGAGAUCUGCGAGACGAUCAAUAAAAAGCAAGGCAGUGCGCCACGUACUGCAGCUAUGACCAUUGUGAAAUUAGUCAAUAGCCCAAGAGUAAAUCAAGCUAUGCUUGCUUUAACUUUGCUCGAUAAUUGUGCUAAAAACUGUGGAUAUCCAUUUCACCUUCAAAUAGCAACUAAAGAAUUCUUGAAUGCGCUCGUUCGUCGCUUCCCAGAACGACCACCGACACGAUACGCGCCUCAUCCAGUACAAUCCGCUCCAGAAAAUCAAUGGAACCAUUUUGAUUUUGUACCACAACAACUCAUGGCACAUCCUGUACUAGAUCGUAUUUUGUAUUUGAUUAAGGAAUGGAAAAUUGCCCUUACAGAAUUAUCUAAAUACAAAGAGGAUAUGACACAUAUAAGGGAUAUGUAUAGAUUAUUAAAAUUUAAAGGGUACGUAUUUCCCGAAUUACGUGAUUCUUCAGUUGCCGCUUUGGCACCAGCAGAUACAUUAAAAACAGUAGAGGAACUAGAAGAGGAAAAUCGUGUAGCACAAGCAGCGAAACUACAAGAACUCAUCAGACGAGGCAGACCACAGGAUUUGGUAGAAGCUAAUAGAUUGAUGAAAAUAAUGACAGGAUACGAUCAAAAGCAUCAGCCAAAUUAUAAAGAGAUGUUUGUGGAAGAGGUGCACAAGAUUCAAAAUAAGGCACGUUUACUAUAUGAAAUGCUGGGUAAUUUGAGAUCAGGCGAUAGACCAGACGAAACCAUGGAAGAAUUAAAGGGCUCUUGUGAAAAUGCAAUACUCAAGAUUGAAAAUAUGCUUAAAACUGAGCAAGAUAAAGAAAAGAUUGAGGAGAUGAAUCAGGCACUUUUGAUUGUGAAAAACAGCAUUUUAAAAUACCAAGACAUCAAAAAGGGACGAUAUAAUACCAGCUAUGACAUCAGUGAUAAGUUUGAUAGUAAGCUUGUUGAAGAGGCAAAGCAGCAGCAGCAGGAACAGCAGGGGUCUAUUAGCUUAAUUGAUUUGGAUGAUGAUUUAUCCAGUGAUAGUGAUAGGUCAAUCAUCAAUCAGCUCAAUUCGUUGACAAUAUAUUCUCCUGAUUUAUCAACACAACCUACUCAAGAACCAGUUAUACCAAUCGCAGACAAUAAACUAGUAGACAUGGUCAAUAAGAAUGGGCUUGUUAUUCAAUUAGAGCCACUAUCGACUGUAAACACGACAUACCAGUUUAAAGCAUACUAUUCAAACAAAUCAGUUGCUCCUAUGGAUAAGAUGACUUUACUACUAGCUGCACCCAAGUCUAUGCAAUUAAAACUAGGGCCUGUAUCUUCUUCAUCUGUACCUCCUACAUCUGACAAGUCUGUUACUCAAGUCAUCACCAUUGAUAAUCCAAACAAAGAAUCUAUCCGACUUCGAUACAAGAUAACUUAUGAACAAUUUGGAGUGGAGAUGGAACAGUCAGGCACUUGGCAUAAUACUAAAUAAACAUUCUGAAUCAUAGAACUAAAAGUAUAAAAUAAAAUUAAUUAUUUGCUUGAUACCAAAACUUGUCUAUUAUGUCUUAAAUACCUUGUUAAUGCAAAAGAUGGGCCAAUCCGGAUCAU